CUGAAACAGGGAUGGUGGCCCUUAAUUAUGAUCUGUGUCACUAAUGAAAGGCCGGAGACCAGGAUUAUCUUCAGGUCUCCAAGCCAACAGACCAGGUGACCAAUCAAUGCAGAGGCCCAGGGACAUUGUAAGGAGGCAGAAAUGUUGCUAUGACUACUGAAACCUCGGUGACCACUAACUAAACAGAAAGGAGAGCUUACUCCAGCCCAGUGCUGCAUCACACAAGUCUAUAGACAUGUCUACGGAAAAGAUGGCGAAAGCAGAAGAGACUUUUCAAAGGUACACAGAGAUUGAGAAGAUGGUUGACAGGUGGCGUAACUCUCACACUCGCUGCCAGUGGCAGAUGACACUGAGCCAGCGGAGGAACCCGUACGCCAUGCUGAGGAUGCAGGAAGACAUGGCCCAGGAACUGGUGCUGGCCAACAAGCAGCUGCUGGUGGUCCGGCAGGCUGCCCUGCACCAGCUGUUUGAACAGGAGCAUCAGCAGUACCAGCAAGAACUGAAUCGGAUGGGCAAAGCCUUUUAUGUGGAGAGACUCUGAGUGCAUCUCAAACCCCAUGCGCAUCAUGCCUGCUAACCUAUCUGCCUGGACCCUCUACCACCAGACACUUCCCGAAACAAGCCUGGAUCUAGCUAUCUGCCCUGCGCUUAAGAGAAUGCCCCAGC